ACCAGGAUAAGAUCGCAGUAGGACAAAGCGAUAUGAAAUAAUAAACACAAGAGAUGCCUACAGAUAAAGGCAGGACAUUUUCAUUUAAUCGUUGUUUUCCAAAUAAACUUUAAUUACGUGUUCAACUUCCGGUUAGCUGCUAGCUAGCUUAACGGAAGUCUGCACCACACUCGCACAGAGGCGUUGCGAUACUAACUAGCUUAGCAUUGUGUUCGCAGUAGUUAUGCCGGCAAUGCUUGACAGAACCUCGGAGGUUGUAGGGAAGAGGCGAAGCAGGGGGGCCGGAGCAGCAGUCAGCAUCGGGGGGAAGACCGUGUCCGGUAAUGGAAGCAGCAGUAGAAACGGCUGGGAAGAUGGAAGUUCGGCUUCCAGCAGUGAUGAGGAACAUGGUAGAGGGGGGAUGCGGGUCGGACCCCAGUACCAAGCGGUGGUUCCGGACUUUGACCCCGAGGUGGCGAGGACGUGUCAGCUGUCAGACAGUGUGGACAUGUUGGUGUGGACGCCCAGCAGUGGUGUACACAAUCAAUUGGAUGAAUACAUCACCAUUGCUAAAGACAAGCACGGAUACAACAUGGAACAGGCUUUAGGGAUGUUGUUUUGGCAUCAACACAACGUUGAAAAGUCGUUGGCUGACCUUCCAAACUUCACACCGUUUCCUGACGAGUGGACUGUGGAGGACCGGGUUCUGUUUGAGCAGGCCUUCAGCUUCCAUGGGAAGAGUUUUCGUCGCAUCCAGCAGAUGCUGCCUGACAAGUCCAUGGCCAGCCUGGUCCGCUUUUACUACUCGUGGAAAAAAAGUCGCACUAGAACCAGUCUCAUGGAUCGACAACACCGCAAAGUCAAGCGGGACAGAGACAACAGUGAUGAUGAGAGUCGUGGAAAUGGUGCGAGUGAUUUGGAGUCCACUCAAGUCAAAGACGUCUCCAAGGAGUUGACUUCUGGAUCAGAUCGGUCACAGAUGAAAAGUGGUGCUGGACUAAAAUCAGCAGGCUUCAAAGCGUCCCACAGGGCCAAGAAACGUCCGCCCAGAGGAAUGUUCCUGAAGCAGGACGAUGUCGUCUCACUGUCAUCCACGUGUGCUCAUGGUGUCCUACGACAGCUUGAUGCUCAACUCAUGGCCGCCAAGAGACACGUCCAGAGCAUCAAACAGGCUAACAGUUGUCUGAAGGAGAAGCUGAAGUGUGGCGUGGAUGAGUUCAGACAAGAUGAGGUGAGCUGGAAGACGAACGGUCGCUGGAGCACAGACGAGCAGCUCCUGGCUGUUCAAGCCAUCAGGAAAUAUGGGCGGGACUUCCAGGCCAUCUCAGAUGUGAUUGGCAACAAGUCAGUGGUCCAAGUAAAGAACUUCCUAGUCAACUACAGACGCAGGUUUAACCUGGACGAAGUUCUUCAGGAGUGGGAGGCAGAAAAGGGGUUGGAGGGCGGAGAUGGCUCAGAGAGCAACAAAAUGGAGGCCGGUCCAUCAGACGAGGAUGUGUCCAUCGAUGUUGCCCAUGCUGAUGGAUCCUCUGACCUUUGACCUUGGUGGAGUCUGUGGAGGUAUGAUGGGUUGCAAAGAGAAGAACGCCCCCUGCUGGUAUCGCAACGUGCAGUGAUGGGGGAUUUCCUGGGCGGAAGCAGCGGAGGGGGUUUCCACUGUGACCCGAACAGUCCUCCUGCUGGAGCUCCGUACCUCCGUACUGGUUCCC